AUGGGAAGUUCCAGAGUGAGAAUCUUUGACCCCCAUGUAGAGAGGAAGGAUUCUGCCUUGUUUCUAGGCAGGGAGUUGCCUUUGCCCACAUUUGAUGUGCCUUAUUUUAAAUAUAUUGAUGAAGAGGAUGAGGAGGAUGAAUGGAGCAGCCGUUCUCAGUCUUCAACAGAGGAUGACUCUGUGGACUCUUUGCUUUCUGACAGAUAUGUGGUAGUAUCUGGGACACCAGAGAAGAUUUUGGAGCACCUCCUGAAUGACUUACACCUGGAAGAAGUACAGGACAAAGAGACAGAAACUCUCCUCGAUGACUUCCUUCUCACAUACACAGUCUUCAUGACAACAGACGACUUGUGUCAGGCACUGCUAAGGCAUUAUUGUGCUAAAAGCCACCAAGGCAAAGAAGAGAUUCUAGAUGUUUCCUGCAGAAAACGUAAAGUUUUACAUCUGGUGUCUCAGUGGACUUCGCUCUACAAAGACUGGUUACAUGAAGAUGAGAAUUUAAAGCAGUUUCUAAAGACAAUAUACAGGAACGUAUUGGAUGAUGUAUAUGAGUAUCCUGUACUUGAGAAGGAUCUGAAAGAAUUUCAAAAAUUACUUGGAAUGCACCGUCGUCACACUGUAGAUGAAUAUUCACCUCACAGAAAGCAUAAAGCCAUUUUCCAUCAAUUCAGUCUCAAGGAGAACUGGCUCCAGAACAGAGGAACUGUGAAUGAAACUGAAGAAGUUUUUUGCCGGGUAUACAUAACAGAACAUUCUUAUGUCAGUGUAAAAACUAAAGUAUCCACUUCAGCUCAGGAGAUUGUGAAAAUUGUGGCAGAAAAGCUCCAGCAUUCGCAGGAAGAUCUGGCUUUAGUGGCUGUUUCAUUCUCUGGAGAAAAGCAUGAAUUACAGCCAAACGACUUGGCGAUCUCCAAGACCCUUGAGUCUUCUGCUCGUAUGUUUGUUUUCCGAAAAGAUUUAACAGAUACUCUGAACCCUUUUGCUGAAAAUGAUGAAACGCAGCAAAGAUCAGUAAGAAUUCUGGGAAUUAACACUUGGGACCUUGCGUUGGAAUUAACAUCUUUUGACUGGAGUCUUUUCAACUUGGUUCAUGAGCAAGAGCUGAUAUACUUCACCUUCAGCAGGCAGGGCAGCGAGGAAAACACUGUGAAUCUUAGCCUUUUGCUUCAAAGAUGUAAUGAAGUUCAACUCUGGGUUGCCACUGAAAUACUCCUCUGCAACCAGCUCUGUAAACGUGUGCAACUAGUGAAAAAAUUCAUUAAGAUUGCUGCACACUGCAAAGCCCAAAGAAAUCUGAACUCAUUCUUUGCCAUUGUUAUGGGCCUCAACACGGCAUCUGUCAGCCGGCUUUCUCAAACAUGGGAGAGAAUCCCUGGAAAAUUUAAGAAGCUGUUUACUGAACUUGAAAGUUUGACAGAUCCUUCCCUGAAUCACAAAGCCUACAGGGAUGCAUUCAAGAAAAUGAAGUCUCCGAAAAUCCCCUUCAUGCCUUUACUCCUUAAAGAUGUAACUUUUAUUCAUGAAGGAAAUAAAACUUUUCUGGAUAACCUUGUUAACUUUGAGAAACUGCAUAUGAUUGCAGACACAGUCCGAUCACUGAGACAUUGCCGGCGUAACCAGUUUGGAAGUGAAGCACCCUCCAAAGAGCAUUUGGAGCUGAAGUCCUAUGUCCAUCAUUUGCACAUCAUAGACAACCAGCAGAUGCUGUUUGAGCUUUCUCAUCAGAUAGAGCCUCGCGUGUGAAUUCACACAAAUUGCAGUACUUUCAAUUAAGUGAAUGUUUAUGCCAAGCAAGUUGCUUCCCUGGGAGAGAGAUGUUUACUGAGUUUUAUCAGUAGCUGAUACCACAGCAUAUGCAGGAAUCUCAUGCUAAGUAAAAAGAGGAACUGUUCACAUCAGCCUUCCAAGGAUGAGGAAAAUGUCAAUUCCAUUCAACUGCCGAGCAAGGAAGAGAGGAACAGAAUUCUCCUCAUUCAACACUUGAGUUUCCUUAAAAACAGUGAUGGUCCAGAGUACCUUUCAAUCCAGAUUCUGUCAGUGUUACAUUGAAAGAAAACACUUGUACCACCAUGAAGGAAGCAGCAUCGUAUGAGAAAAGUGCUCAUAAUUUGCCACACAGGAAUGUACCUCAUUGAUCAUAAGCUGCCAAAGUACUGACUGUUGCCAAAAAGAGAGGGAAGGAGGAAGUACUGAGUGAUCUUGGCUUCCCUGGGAUAUGCAGUAACCACUGCAAAAUUGAAGCAUAAAGCAAGAUACCUUGAUAAGAGCACAGCAUGCAAACAGAAUUCAAACCAAUUAUAUAAAAUAGUAGUCAAACAGCAGCUGUUAUUUUAUUAUAUCACUUCUACUUCAGAAUGUGCUUCAUAGCAAAAAAGAAAAAAAGUUCAUGUGAAUAUAAUUUCUGGUAACUCGUGCAGUGUCUUUACACUUGAUCAACUGGAAGAGACCAUGGUACUUAGAAUGUUUCUCAUAAUUUUUAAAUUUAGAACUUCCUGUGUGUUGCUGCUUUUCCAAUGAGUCUAAUUUUGGUAACAGUGUCUACAGCUGAUAGGCUCCGUUACAUAUUACAAAGGAAUGCAGUGCAUUCUUCAUGAUUUCUGUACAUAAGGUAACUGAUUAACUUUAGAGAGAUGCAAGCUAUAGACACCAGAUAAAUAGAUAAGCAGAAUCUAUCAGAGGGUAAAUGCAACCUACAAUAAGCGACUUCCAAUGUCGGAGAGGGGACAACAGUGGCCCUUAGGUGUAGAUGCUGCAAAAGCAGUCUCCACACCACAAUACUAGGGGCUGUUCUGCAGUGUUUUGCUGCACACCAAGGGCAUGUGAAUGCAGCAGAUAAGCAUUAAUAGCUUUCUCCCAGAACCCUGGAAAUGGGGGCUCUCCCCAGUUACUUGGGCAGAGAACCGGCCUUGCUAGCAAUAUGGUCUUUUGGGCCACUUGUUUGGUAUACAUGCUAGAAGGUUCCUACCCCUGUACUGUAUGAUUUACCUGUCAACAUUAUUAAAUUGAAUACUUUACAUACAUGGAAAACCUAAUCUACAGAGCCUACACUUUUCAUUUUAGAAGACAAAAUGGACACAAGGAGACCUGUUUGAACAGUUCAGUCCUUGACAGUAUUGCACUUCUGCUUUUGUGGAAUAGUCCUGCAAGUACCUAUUCAGACGCAAUAGCAAUAUACCUAUAUUGCAAAGGGUGUGAAUUACCUGUGCUCAGGGAAUGACCAUACUGCUGUCUUUCCCUCCUCUCUUUAAAGGCUGGGUGUACUUUCUAGCAAACCAAAGGGGAUGCUCAUCUUGCAAAAGAAAUCAUAAUCUAACUGAAAUGGAUUACUCUCAAGGGAAAUUCUGAGAAAAUUCCUUAUCAGUUUGCUCUCCCCAGCAUGUCCUACUAAUAUCUCAAGGCAAAAUCUGAUUACUGCUGUUGGGAUUGACUAUGACAAGGGGUAGUCCCUCAUAUAGCUUCAGUUUUAGUUUGCAUGAGAAUCUUUUCUUUGCAAACUGAGCACAGUUGUUAAGAUUACAACAUGCACAAUAUGGAAAGGGACGUUGCAAUUAAUCCAUGGUGUCAGCCCUGUUUAAUAGAUUUUAUGACUCUUGCCUAGUCAUAUCCUUGGAUCUGUGUUGCCUGCCUGGGAAAACAUACCAUUUCAAACACAUGAACUUCCUUGAGAGAGAAACCUGGGUCCCAUUGUCACAAAUGCAUAUUAACAUUCAUAGCGCUAAAAAAUUUGUCAGAGAAGCUCAAACUCGUUUAUUUAAAGAUCAUGUUCUGUGAUGUCAAAACUAAUACUUAAAAAGUGAACAUCACUUUCCUCUAAUAAUUCUCCUGUUUCAUCAUCAAUUUUUACUUUCAUAAAAAUCAUUAUUAAUUAUUAUCAGGUGCUCUGGAAAUUGCCUGCAAUUCCCACUUGUUUUUAAAACACCUUCAAUAUUAUGGUAUCAAGUUGUCUCAAGGAAUUGCUAUGUGGUUACAUAUGAGAUGAGUCCGUGCAUUUCAUUGUGAAAACCUAUUUACAUGCAGCUUUAUAGAAAAUACUCUUUGGGCAGUGAACGCGUGCUGCUUUGUGAUGCUAUGCUGGACAAAUGAGGCUGGGGAAAAACAGUCCUGUUUGAAAUGUAAGUCUGCCAAAGCAAUUGAACUCUUUUUUUUCUUUAACUGAAUUGCAUGUGGUCUAACGAUCACAACUCAUUUAGGAACUUUUCUACACAAGAUUCUUCCUGGUAGGUUACGUGCUAUUGAAAGAGACAAAUCAGCUUUAAAUCGUAAUGGGCCCUUCAAGUAAAUUUUGCCCUCCCCCAGUAUGAAAAUUGUGAAAUAAUGUACAGGUAUACUGUAAAAAAAAAACAGUAUGUUUCUGAAACAGGACUGUACUCGCUACUAUGAAUAUGAUAUACGUCAGGAACUACAAUGCCAAGACCACGGCAAUACAGCCCGGAAAACCCACAACAACCAUCAAUAUGAUAUAUUGUUUCUCCUUUUUUAAAAAAACCUUUUAUCAAUUAAAAUGGGGAUAAUUGACUGUUUAUUGAAUAAAAACAUUAUUAAGGUAAUUGCACAAAUCAGUAAUACCCUGAUUUGGAUAUCUUAGGGGGACCUGAUCUCAUCAGAUCUCAGAAGUUAAGUAGGGUCGGCCUUGGUUAGUAAUUGGAAGGGAGAUCUCCAACGAAGAACAGGGUUGCAGAGGCAGGCAAUGGCAAACCCCGUCUGUUAGUCUUUUGCCAUGAAAACCCCAUCAGGGGUUGCUGUAAGUCAGCUAUGACUUGAGGGCACUCUCCACCACCACAGAAAUCAGUACCAAUUCCAAAUACGCUAUUCAGGCACAUAAGGUCAUUCCAGCCACUUAGCUGGAAAUGCAAGAUACUUUUAUAACUAAAUUACAACUUCUUUCUUCAGUGGGAGUUUGCUAUAAACGAAAACUUUCUGACCAAUUUUGCCUGCAUGUACUGUUUCUUCCACAUGCAAAUAAUUGUUUGGAUCACCACACUUGUACAUAAUCUUUUUAAUGUCUGCAAGCCAGUCAGACCCUCAGAAGUUAGAAAUAGACAUUAUCGUACAGACAUGGGAUCCUAACCCCACAUUUGGCUUAUGUAUGGGGGCAAUAGAUUCUUAGUCCUUCCAUCCAUUCUUUCUUACUGGUUACUGUGUUUUGUUUUUUAAUUCUCCCACCUGAGCUCUGAAUCCAGAAGCUUGGCUAGGGGAUAAAUGGUCAAUGGAGAGGGAUUUGCAGGGAAGAGUCAGCAGAUGUGAAAAGGAUUGAGCAAACCCUGCCACUGUGCUUUCAUUAAUGAAUGCACAUGUUUGGGGAACACAUGUUUGUUGGCAUAAGGUUUAAAACAUAGCAACAUAGACCUGGAAGGGACUCCAAGGGUCAUCUAGUGCAACUCCCUGCCCAAUGCAUGAAAUUCACAGCUACCUCCCCCCCCCUCACCCAGUGACCCCUGCUCUGUGCCCAAGGAAGAAGAAAAAACCCCUCCAGGAUCUCCAGUCAAUCUGGCCUGGAGGAAGAUUCCUUCCUGAUCCGGAAGUUGCAAUCAGCAUUAUCCUGGGCAUGUAAGAAAGGUCCAAGAGAGCCUAGCACUGGCUUAUCUCUUCAUGUUUUCCCUCUCCUGAUCUGUGUACCUUCAUAGUUCUUCCCACAGUUAAAACUUUGUCUUAAAGGUGCUACUGGACACUUUUUGAUUUAUCUGUAUUGUGUCCCUUUAUUUUUUUUGUCCUUUUAAGCAAGGCAAAAUACCAUGAUGAGCUGCUGUUCAGAAAUCUUCCUGCUUCAUGGACAAGCCCAUAUUAUCCCUUUGCAUUCUAAUACAAAAAUCUGGCAUUAUUUCCUUUCUUUUAUGUAUGUACUAUCUGGCAUGGAACUCCAUGGAUAAAUGAAUAAAUUUUUAAGGUAGUCAGUGGCCACUUCUCAGUCAAAGGGAAAAGACAAAAUCAAAGCAAGACAUGUCAGAAGUGUGCUAGUGUUGAUCUGUAUUUAACUUUGAUUUGGCCCAGCAUAUGGGGGGGAGAGGACAGUUUUUGCAGGCAGAAGGAUAAUGUAUUUUAUAAAACAUAUGGAAGCAAAUUGUUCUGGGAAAAAGUAUGGAGUCAUGCUUCUGACUUUUCUUUAAAAAAAUGUUGACAGGUAGUGGCAAUCUUACACCUAUUACAAAGAGAUCAUUAGCUUCCCAUUUUAGACUGUUACUGCAAAACUUCCAGGAGACAGAGAUUUUAUUUGACUGGUGGAGCUGCUCCAGAAGCAUACUUGCUGUAGGGAAUUUAGGAAAACAGGCUCAGUGAUUUUACAACAGCUGUGCAUAGCGCUUGAUUGGUUACUUGUGCAGUCACUAACCAAACUCUCCCCACCCAUCUCUAAAGUAGUUUUGCAACUCUUUAAAAAAAAAACAAAGGAAGAAAUGAAUAAAUAUACAUUUUAAAAAUCAAAAGUAGACAACCUCCUGAAACAUGAGAAGGGCCAAGACUGAUAACUGAACCAGCGUGUGAGUUGGUAGUAUGUAUAUCUGUGACUGCAUAUUGUAAUAUCAGGAAGGAGGGCUAACUUUUUUUUGGCUCCUCUCAAAAUUACUUCUGAACAUGCCUUAUGUGUAAUUCCAUUCAAUGGGAGAAUUGAACUUUCAGAUAAACACAGAGAAUUGAACUCUCAGAUAAACUAAUGGAAUUUAAGAGUUUAUCUUUGGCAAGAUCAUUCUAUAUCUGCUGCAGCUGUGAAUUGCUAUGAGUCAAAUCAACCAAGAUCAAAAACCACUGUUUCACACAAGUUUUUUGAUGUAGUUGCUUCAUCAGUUUAACAUGUAUUAGACCCUAAUGAGCCGGGGUUGGGGGGGAAGCUGCCACAAACUGAAUGGGGAAAAAAAGUUGGGCUGUAAAUAUUAACAUUUUUAGCAGAGUAAAUUACUAUUUAUUUGCAUAGCCUAUUUAUUGUAUUCUUGUUGUACUGUCAAAUACUGAGGCACAGUUGACAAAUUUGUCUAAUUCAUUCUAAUCUUUCUGGAGUGCCCUCAUGAGGUCAGCUUGCAUUAACAAUUAGUAGCAUUCGAUAGCCCAAACCAAGGAUAUUCGCCUAACUUCUCAGGGACCAUACCUUGUAUUUAUCCACCAUUACUAGAACUGGUAUGUAUGAAAUACUCUGAUUUACCAGGAACGUGGUUGCCAAUGUACUCCUUUACAUAUUUCAUGCUUGUUGGCCUCUGUAUAUAUCAUUGUGUUAUGUAUUUAUGAGAGCUAGUAAGCAAUAAUUUAUAUGUCAAAAUGGCCAAGCAAUAUGAAGAUAAAACUUGUAAAAGCAAAUGUUACAUUUUGACUUUUUUAAAUAUUGCUUUUCAAAAUACAAACCCAUGAAAUGUG